AUGCCUUCGACGCUGGUUCCAUCACGGCCGGAUGAUGUAAUGGUGGUACGGAAAGUCCACGAUGAUAUAAUUACUUUGAAUGUUCCUUUCUAUCGCUUUGGGCACGCAAGAAUCGGCGGACGUGGCCCUCUAGUUGUUAUCUCUCCAGUCGCUCUCACAGCAAAUGCAAGGGAGGCUAUCACUUUAUUGGGUGGUGAUGUUAAGUACAUUGUUGCUCCGGAUAUGGAACAUCACAUAUUCUUAACCCCUUGGAAAGAAGCCUAUCCAAACGCCCAAAUCAUCGCACCACACGGCCUUAAAGAAAAGCGGGAGAAAAAUUCCGAGAUGAGAGGACUUCAACAAUACGACCAUGUCUUCACAAAAGCGAACAAGAGGACUUUGAGAAUAUCAGACGAGUUCCAUGCCGGCUUUAACGUCGAAUAUGUCAACUCUCACCCUAGUCACGAAAUUGUCCUUCUACACAAGCCCUCCAGGACCCUUAUUGAAGCAGAUUUGUUUUUCAACCUCCCUGCCACAGAGCAAUUUUCACAAUCUGGCGAGUCGGCCACUCAGGGUGUCCUGACCAAGAUAUUUCAUGUUUUUCAGUCAGCAGCGCCGCCUGCUACCUGGCAGAAGCGGUUUAUCUGGUAUGUUCUGUCAGCGCCAGAUCGUAAGAGUUUUGGGGAAUCCGUAGCUACGAUUGAAGGGUGGGAUUUUGAUCGGAUAAUACCAUGUCAUGGAGAUGUGAUUGAGACCGGAGGCAAAGCAGUAUUCUGUAAUUUGUUUGAAUGGAACUUAGAGGCGGCCAGAAAGCACACGCAAUGA